AUGGCAUAUGAAAGGUAUCUUGACCUGCCCUCUGUAGUGGGCCGUAGCAAGCUUAAGUCUUUCAAUAGCAUCUUGGACAGUAUAAGAACAAGGUUGAGUAACCAGAGAGUCAAGACACUCUCUCAGGUAGGAAAUGAAGUUUACCUAAAAGCAGUUAUACAAGCACUUCCAACCUACACAAUGAGUGUUUUCAAGCUCUCCAUCACCCUACUACAAUCUAUUAAUAAGGCCAUUCAGAGGUUUUGGUGGGGCCAGCAAGACAAGGAACGCAAGAUACACUGGAUUUCUCUGGAAAAAAUGGAGCAAGCAAAGUCAGCAGGAGGCAUGGGAUUUAGGGACCUUGAAGAUUUCAACAAGGCAAUGCUUUCUAAGCAAUGA